UCAAUCUUCAACCAAACAACAUCAAUAUUUCUGGAAGGGAAAAAGUUAUCACCACGCGUCAUUCGAUUCGGCAUCAGUUCCGACAACGAGCACAUUUGUAUCUUUUUAGGCUUCGACUAUACGCGAUCUUGUAACUUCUAGUUAUCUCUUCGAGCAACAAGGAAUCGGCGUCCGAUACCACCAAUAUUUUUCCCACGAUGAAGUGGUAAACGCGGCGCAUCGUUAGACACCAGUUAUUCUGCGUUCCUCGCAAAGUGGGCGACAUCGACGGCAAAAAUGACGACCUUGGAUCUCAAUCUCGAUCCCAAACACAAACAUCCCGACUUGCCCCUCCCAAAAGAGAUCAACGAAGAAGAUUGGAGCGAUUCCUCAGACGAUAGCGAUGUCGAAACUGCCAACGACGGCGAGGUCGCCAAACAGCCGCAGCAGCAGGUGGAAUGGCUUGCCACCUCGCGCGCGAAGAGGUCCACGGCCGGUAACCGCAUGAAGUCGAUGCUCGCCAACGAGGAGCCUGCCGCCGAAGACUCGGAUCUCGAACUCCUCUUUGCCGAAGACGAAGACGACGCUGGCUUUACCGACGAGGACAAGGAUGACGCGUCCGAUGUCCAGAUGGACUCGUCCUCGGACGACGAAGACGACAAGGAGGGCGCCGCUGCCGACGACCUCGAGGGUGAAAAGGAGCUGGAGCGCCAGGCGAGGGAGAAGAGGAACGCGCAACGGAAGAGGAAAGCUCAGGAGGCUAUUCCCAUGAAGUUCAGGAAAAAGGUCCGCAUCGAGCAGCCGCCGUCAGCCACAGGAGAGAGUGCCGCCGGGAGUCCCGCCCCGUCGACGACCGGCACCCCUGCUGCCUCCUCUGUCCGGCAAGGACCGACUCCCCGCCCGCCUAGACCCAAGAAAAAGUCGGAAAGGACGAGUUGGUUGCCGACCCCGGCCGAUAUGCCCACGCGAGCGUCCGAGCGCAGGACGACCAAGAUGAGCAAGGAACAGCUUCAUCAGAAGAUGAUCGACGACGAGAUCCGCCGGAAGAAGCUGAUGGAAAAGAUGGAGAAAAACGCAAAAAGGCUGGAGGCAUUAAAAAAGCCACCAAUGACGCAGGCGGAGCGGCUGGCUGAAGCAGCUCUUGUGGAAAAGAGGAACGAGAAGAGCUUGAAUAGAUGGGAGGAGGCGGAGAAGGUGAGGGAAGAAGAACGGUUGAGAAAGAUCGCGGCCUUGAACAAUCGCAAGCUUGACGGUCCGGUGGUUACUUUCUGGAGUGGUAUUCAGACAUUGGAGGAAGGACAACAGAAACACGUUGGCAAGAUGGUGUCUAUGGAGGAGAAGCCGGUUAGGAAGAAGAGGCAGUCAGUUAGUGCUACUCUUGCCGCUCAGGAGGCGGCCGAGAAAGAGAAGGCCAAGGCUGAGGAAGCCUCCAAGCAACCACCAUCGACUGAGCAGGGAGAUAUCCAGCCGACGGAGGCGACAACCAAACAGGACAAUAAGGCGGAGGCACAAGUGGAAAAAACAGAUCCGUCAACAGCAUUGCCCGAACAGCCAAAAGAGCCAAUGUCAACUCAAGACGUUGUUAUGAAGGAUGCACCCGAACAACCACAGCAAACACAACCUCCACAACCACCACAACCUCCUACACUCGCACCUAUUCGAGGUCCUAUGGCCCCACCACCUAUCCCUCCUCCACCGCCGAUGGAAACGAAGACUACACCCUCAUCUGGAGUUCUAGCCGCCCCUGUUCUAGCCCCACCAGCAGGAGUUGCGCCUCCUAUGCUCGAUGCUCAGAUGCCCGGGCUUGCAUUUCCUUUCAGCAACGGCAUGUCUAAUGUCCUUGCGCCGCCUAACACUACUUCGCCCCUUUCAAUGCCUCCGUCUUCCGGAGGGUUGAGCACUCCUGCUCCACCUCCAGCUCCAGCUCCUCCUCUCAUUUCUGCACCGGUGACAACAUCAGCCCCUACGACCACUCUCACCUUUGCGCCUACACACAUCCCAGCAUCGGCUCCUGAUGUUGAUCUACCCCCUCGUGAUACAUCUUCACCAGCUACUACAGUGAUUACAGCUACUAUUCAGACUAAGCAGGCACCGACGCCGCCCUCUUCGCAGCCCGCCACACUUAGCCCCGAGAAAACAAACAAGGAGAAUAAACCGGCGGUGCCACAGAAGAACGACAAGGGUGAAGGGGGUGGCAAGGGCGAAGAAAGUAACAAGGAGAAGAAAUCCGAAAACGCGGAGAAGGGACCAGAUGGACCUCAGGAAGGGUCAACAGUACCCACUGAUCAACCUGCCGCCGAAGGAGUAGAAGGGAAAACGGUGAACAAAGUCACCCGUAGCUGCAUCAUUCUACAGAAUUUCGAUGAAGCCGCUAUCAAGGAUAAGCAAGUCCAGACGCAGAUUAUCUUUGGGAGGAGGAUGGAGAAACUUGCCAAACCCGCCCACUCUCCACUCUGCGUCGUAACCGGCCACCCAGCCCGUUACCGGGACCCCAAAACCGGUCUCCCUUACUACAACGCCUACGCCUACCGCGAGAUCCAACGCGUGCAUAGGGGUGAUUACAAAUUCAGUGCGCUGUUAGGAGCGUACGUAGGCAGCGUGACGUACGCAGCCAAGGGAGUACCAGAAAGGUUCUUGAACCCCAACGGAAAAAGAUCAACACCAAAAGAAGAUCCAGCGAAGCUAGCGAAGCUGAAAGAGGCUCAGGAAGCGGAGAAAGAGAAAGAGAAACAGGCUUCCGAAAAGGCCAAGGAGGUCGAAGCCGGGGACAAAAAGCUGGAUAAUGUUCAAGCCACUGAGCUCCCGCCUCUGAGGGAACCAAAGGUGCCGCAUCUGCCACGAAGGGCAAGUGGCACAGAGGUGACUACUACAAAGGCGAGAAGUAAGAGCACGAGCAAGGAGACGACGAUACCGUCUGAGCUGAAAGGGAAAUCAUCUACGUCUUCGUUACCAGCGACGAUGACGGGGCCGGUGGUUCAGGCUAAGCUGGAGCCGAUUGAUGAUGUUGCUCUUCCACCUACUAAAGCGGCAAGUGCUCCUGCGCCACCUACCUCAAAACCAACGGCGGCGACAACGACGACAGCAAAACCAUCACCACAACUGUCAACGCCAACGCCGCCACUACAAACUCAAGCCCAGUUCAAACUUGUGGAUGACGCGGAGACACGACAACAACGACAACAACCACCACCGGCGGAAUCGACUUCAUCGUCAAAUUCACAGUCAACAAAAACACCCAAGGCAUCACAACCGCAAGGCCAGUCUUCCCAGGCUCCUGCUCCAACCCAAAAUUCAGCUGCGGUUGCAGCUUUUGCUCCAGCUCCAGCUUCAACCAAGCCAGCCGGGCCAGUCGAGCCAUCCAAGCCAACCAAGCCAGCCGAGCCCGUUGAACCACCACAGCCUCCUCAAGCACCACCCGUGGCAGAUGCUCGCUUCCAACCCGCUCCUGUGCCGGAUAUGUCGUAGCGUGAACAUGGCGCAUCGAAUAGGGAGAGGAGGCCUCGGAGGAGUUGUUGGUUGGAUAUGGUCCUCAACCGGUCCAGAUGAGUUUGAUAUGCGGAUAUAGUGUGGGGAGUAGUCUAGUGUACUACUAGUGUACCAUCGUUAGUGUUCGAACAUGGAUGGAUGGACAAAAGUAAAUGUAGGAGUAAGGUAUGAAUGAGUAUGUGUAGGAGUAAGAAUAGGAGUGGGAAUAGGAGUAAGCACAGGAGAAAGCGAUGAGCAAGACAUAGCAUAGGGAGGGGACUCAGAGGGCAUAUAUGGCAUGCAUCUUUCAACUAACUAAACUGUAUAGAUACCAAAAUAGUGAAAAGAGUAAAAUGACACACCACCCAC